UUUAAGAUCGCGGAGGAAGAGUUAUCCAUAGGUGCUAAACUCGGUGUUGGGUCUUUUGGUGUCGUGCAUCGCGCGAAGUGGAACGACACCGACGUCGCCUACAAAACCAUGAUUGCCGACAAAAUGAACGACGACACCAUCAAUGCCUUUGCGGAGGAGAUUCGCAUGAUGCGCGCGUUGCGUCAUCCAAACAUCGUACUGUUCCUCGGUGCGGUGAUUCAGCGGGGUCGAAUGGGAAUCGUUUCCGAGCUCAUGAAGCGCGGAAACUUGGAGCAACUGUUGCACGGCAACGGUAAGUGGAGCGAGUCGCUUCGUAGCAAUGGGAUGCUUCGCAGACAAAUGGCGGCGGAUUGCGCGCGCGGGAUGUUGUAUUUACACUCCCUCGCCCACCCUGUUGUACAUCACGACUUGAAACCGGCAAACUUGCUGGUCGAUGCAAAUUGGACACUGAAAGUGAGUGAUUUUGGGAUGAGCGAGUUGAAGAGCUACACGUACGGAUCGAAUUGCAAAGCUCCCGGGGGAACGCCCGAAUGGAUGGCGCCCGAGGCGCUUCGCGGCGACGACGUCAACGAGCUCUCCGACGUGUUUUCGUUCGGUGUCAUUCUGUGGGAGCUCAUCACCCUGAAUUUCCCGUGGGCCGAUCUCUCGUCACCCGUGCAAAUCGUCGCUCAAGUCGCGUUUUUGCACCGACGGUUGAAAAUUCCGAGCUGGGUCGAGGACCCGAUGGAGCAACUAUUGCACGAUUGCUGGACGCGUGAGACGGAGGCGCGACCAACGUUUGCGAGCAUCGUCGAACGCCUC